AUGGCAUGGAUCUUCAUCGCCAUCACUAGAGACUUCAACCAGAAUUCCUAUCGUGUGGUCUUACCAGUGGUAGACCAACGUGCGGACAUCGAUAUGCUCGUCAAAGUCAUCAAAGAUAUGGCUGGAACUCCCAAUGGACCUAUAGCGGUUCGACACAUUCGGAACAACCCUCUUGAUCAAGAUGAAGGCCUUCGACUCGUCUGGCCACGUAUCCAUGACCCUAAGGCUCCUAAAGUUCAAUCGUACCCUACGCCGGAUACACCUACUCGUCCAUUCGAUACCAACGGCGGAGUUGCUGCGACGGGCGUCGAUCAGUUGCCAGAACAAGAGGAGAAUCUAGAUCAGAUGGAUUUGGAAUCGGAAGAUGAACAUCCUCAAGCUAGUACACGAGGAGAAGCUGAAAUGGCCGAUUGGGUACGUCGUGAUUUAUGGAUGACCCGGGGUGAAGCAUAUCCCUCUAGACCCGACGUGUUUGGGUGGUCGGAUGGCUUGAAUAUGGCACAAGUCAAUGCGUAUAGCUUCAGACCACCAUUACCCCCCCUUGUGGCUUUGUCAGCCCCUUCGCCAAUGAUGUACGCUGGCUCGUAUGUUGGAUCGGGAAUGGAAGUUGACAUGGGGUCUUUUGUUGAAGAGAAAUAUGAUAUGAAAAAGGUAGAGAACGUGGGAGGUCUAGCCACGCCUGUCAGUCCCAUCCAAGGACAAGCUCCUCCUUGGCAGAAGGUUUAA